AUGUUGUCUGAGGGUAGACGUUAUGUGGAGGAGAAAGAUCGAACUGAGAUAGACCUCAGGGGGUUCGAAACAGCCCUGGAAGCUCUGGACAAAGAACUGAGCAAAGACGCAUUCAUCACUGCCUUCGCUCCCAUCCAGCUACUCUGCUCAGGCGAGUUCCUCUGUCUCAAAUAUCUCAAAUGCCGUAACACUGCCUUCGAGCUCGAUUUCCUCCUCGACCCCGAAUGGUCUAAAGAUGAAGAUAUCAAGACCCCCCUUUACGCCUCCAUGGCUACCAUCACCCACCAGCUGGGCUACGAUGCAGAAUGGCUGAACGAAGACAUGGGCCUCUUUGUGACCAAGAGCUCACGCACUCGCCUUCUGGAAUGCGCAAAGAAACAAGGCAUCGUCCUGUUCCGCGGCGAGAACGUUGUCAUCUACGGUGCGCCAAUGGAGUGGGCUCUCGAACGCAAGAUCAGACGGAUAUACGCCUCCGGGAAACUAGACAAGAGGGAGCCAGACGUUGGGGAUGCUCUCGCUAUAAUGAAGUGGAUUCGCGAGAGAGACGGUAAGCAGCUGGAAAGGGAGUUCAUUCGCACUCUGAACUUGAGCACCUUUGAUAUGGUUCCAGACGGCCAGACCAUGGAGCUGCUUGCUGAAGCAUACCUGGAACGAUAUGGAGAAGAGAUAUUCAGGCCUGGCAGCCAUCUUCCCAACGACUACCACCACCACCAUCACACCUACGACGCAAAUUAUCCAAACCAUCCAAGUAACCAGACGAACUUUUCCAUUCUCUAUGGGCUACCAGGCAGAUCAUCCAUGGGCUGA